AUAUCGUGAAUUACGUUCUUAUAGAUUAUCCAUCAUUUUAUUACUUUAGCUUGAACAUGUUUAGAAAUUCUUUGUGGAUGUGGGAGAAAUUAUUUGUAGAUGUGUGACCAAAAAAAUAAGUGUAGUUUAUUGAUAUAGAUAACAAAAUCAAUUUUAUUAAAAAGAAUAUUAUAAUAGAACACAAAUCGAAAGGUUACAAAGGUAAUAAAAGGUUAACAGACCCCAACGGUGUUCCCAGUGAGUGACCUUAACGUUUACGUACAACCUUCUUAGAUACGCUCAUUGACUUCAUACUUUGGCCAGAUGCUUGACCUUGUCGUAUUUUUUACACUGAUAUCAUAAUCAAUAAUUAUAAAAUUGUUUUCGUUUCGACGAAGUUACCUUUACGUAAUUGUUAGCGAAAUUUUCAUUUCUUUUAUAUAAAUGAUAAAAUAACUCACAUUUUUAAUUGUAAUGUGUAUGUUUGUUCGUACGUCGUUGAGUUAAGGAUUUCAGUUUCCUCAUACAUUUCUUGAUAAAAAUGAGGUAGCUCACCAUUGUCACGGUAUAGUGACUAGGUCACUUUCGUCAUCGAUCAAAAUUUGAAACAGUGGUGAUGUUGGUUGGUUCUCUAAACAAUAGUUUUUUUUUUUUAAAUGACUUAUUCAAGUCAAUAUAUUUAGCUUUUGAAGACUUGCCCAAUCCUAAAUAAACUCCAUUACAAGAUUCAUACACACGUAUAUAUAUACACAUAUUAGCAGGCUGUGUGUGUAUCCUCUAUAUGCUAUCUCUCCUUUAUCUUUAAACAUUUGAUAAGCCCAAAAAAAAUGGAAACUAAAAUGGUUUCAAACCCUAAAAGACUUCACUUUAUCUUGGUCCCUCUCAUGGCUCAAGGGCAUCUAAUCCCCAUGGUUGAUAUCUCCAAGAUUCUUGCGCGACAAGGCAACAUCGUUACCCUAGUUUUAACCCCUCAAAAUGCUUCAAGAGUUGCGAAGACAAUAGAACGUGCGAGAUCAGACUCAGGUCUCCAAAUCAACCUGGUGACAUUCCCAAUUGCCUACAAAGAAUUUGGUCUUCCUGAAAAUUGUGAGACUCUCGACACUUUGCCCUCCAAAGACCUCUUACGCAAAUUCUUUGACGCUGUGGAAGAACUCCAGGAGCCCUUAGAAAGGUUUCUUGAGGAACAAGAAACCCCUCCAAGUUGCAUAAUCUCCGACAAAUGCCUUUUUUGGACGUCCAAAACCGCGAAAAAGUUCAAGAUCCCGUGGGUUUCGUUCCACGGAAUGUGUUGUUUCAAUCUUUUAAGCUCCCACAACCUCCAUCUUCAUAGCCCGCACCUAUCCGUUUCUUCAGACUCAGAGCCUUUUACAAUACCAGCAAUGCCACAUAGGGUCCAGAUAGCUAGAUCUCAGUUAUCUGGUGCGUUCAGGAAACAAGCAAAUAGGGAUGACGUUCGCCGCGAGAAGAUGCGUGAAUCUGAAGCAGAAGCCUUUGGAGUUAUUGUUAAUAGCUUCCAAGAAUUGGAACCUGGCUAUGGAGAGGCCUACGCUGAGGCCAUCAAGAAGAAGGUAUGGUUCGUUGGACCCGUUUCUUUAUGCAAUGAUCGUAUGGUGGACUUAUUCGAUAGAGGUAACAACAGUAACAUGGCGAUUAGUGAGACCGCAUGCUUGAAGUUUCUGGAUUCCAUGAAACCGAAGUCUGUCUUGUAUGUUUGUCUAGGUAGCCUCUGUAGACUAAUACCUAAUCAAUUGAUAGAACUGGGGUUAGGGUUAGCAGACUCUGGAAAGCCCUUUAUUUGGGUGAUCAAGACCGAGGAAAAACACAUGACUGCGCUAAAUGAAUGGCUAAAACUUGAAAUGUUCGAAGAGAGAGUUAAAGGUAGAGGGAUAGUGAUAAAGGGUUGGAGUCCUCAGGCUAUGAUACUCUCACAUGGCUCUACCGGAGGGUUCUUGACUCAUUGCGGUUGGAACUCGGCCAGCGAAGGGGUAUCUUUUGGUGUACCAAUGAUCACAUGGCCGAUGUUUGCUGAACAGUUUCUCAAUGAGAAACUCGUAGUGGAGGUGUUGAAGGUUGGGGUUAGGGUUGGUGUGGAGAUUCCUGUGAGAUGGGGAGACGAGGAAAGAGUUGGAGUGUCGAUCAAGAAACAUAGUGUUGUGAAAGCUAUAAAGCUUUUGAUGGAUGACGAUGGAAAUGAAGAUGGUGAAUUCUUGGGACGAAGGAAACGCAUUCAAGAACUUUCAGUAAUGGCGAGAGAGGCUGUGGAAUUGAAAGGAUCUUCGAGUACUAACGUUUCAUUGUUUAUCCAAGAUGUCAUGGAGAAAGUGAGUCUCGAAUAGAAUAUUCCAAGGUACUAUAUAAGCUAAUGUAAAAGAAUAUGUUGAACUUUAUUAGUGAUAUGAUUAUUAUGAAGCUUUUAAAGAUGUAAGUUGCCAUACAUAAUGAUGAAAAUGUAUUCAUUAGAGAUAGGAUGUCUAUGAUAAUUUCAAAGCUUCUAGAAAUGUAAGAAGCAUAUACAUAGAAAUGUAAGAAGCAUAUACAGUAUAUUGAUGAAAAUUUAUUCA